UUUUUCAUCAGGCUUUUGCGGCGUCGAGGUAACGAAUCUUGUUUGAUUGAAGCUUCGAGAUCAUCCGAUCUAUGGCUUGAAAACACUCAGUGGAUUUGCCUAGGAAUAACCAAAUUAGGAAUGAAGAAAAUCAAGCGAGCUUUGUCUUUGAAAGGCAAAGGAACAGAUGAAACUCUUUCCGAACUUGCCGAGCAAAUGUCAUUUGAUGUCAACGGACGAGACACUAAUGGUAAGAAUGCCAUCACAAAUGCUACCUCUAGACCUAGCAGCAAAUAUUUUUAAUAUCUGUGUCUAAACUAAAAUACACCACUUUAACAGACAUCACUUCAAUUUAUUAAAACUGUAACAUUUUACUGGCUGAUAUUUCCGUGCUACAAACAUGAGAAUUCUAUUUUAACAAACAAUCUGCUCCACCAGACAACACCAUAAUUGAGAUUUCGAUUUUAGAUCAAUACUGCCGUGUUUAUAAUAUUUAAUUCUCUAUCUUUUUUGCAAGAAGCUAGCCGGCAGUGGUCGUUGGUUCGUUUAAAAUGCGUAAACAAAACACAAGGUGUAAUAUUGGUGUGAAUACAGGCUCUCACUAGUAUCAUUUCUGCGGCGAAUGAAAUUGACAUUCAUGAAGCACGCGCGAGCGCCUUCGUGUUGUAUUCGAUUUUAAUGAUUUUACGUUCGACUGUGAAAGCAUUUUGAAACUACGGUAUUAGAAUGUUUACUGCUUUUCUGGAUGCUUGAUCAAAUAGAGAACUGCAGUUGUUAAAUUAUCCACUGACCUUGCUGUUGUUUCUUAAAUUUUGGGGAAUAUUUUGGAACUAGUUAGGGACUGAUGAAAGUAGCGCUUCUUUAAGCAUUUUCUCGCUCAUAUAUAUCUCUAGGGAAAAUACCGGUUUCAAUGUUAGUGUUUUCAUUAGCCUCUUCGGCUUCAUUUGGCAUUAACGUAAUUUUGUGUCAAUAUUUGUUAGGCAUAUCGAGUCACCCUUAAUGAAGGUUCGCGAAAAUAAUGAAGUCGUGGAUUGUAGAUCGCUCGAGAAAAUCGCAGCUGAUUACCCGCAAAGAAAGGUUAAAGUGCAGUUGCCGCUCCAACAAAUGUUGUAUGUCACACGAGUAUUCACAAUGUAACAUUAACAGACUAGUCGAAACGUUAUAUAACAUAUUUAUAAGACACUGUGUGCCAAGAUUUCUUUUUCGUUUAACUGCACAACCGAUGAAACAGCCACUGUAAUCGUGAGUGAAGAAUAAGACAGAUCGAAUCAAAUCGCGUCCAUUUCAUUGAUUCCUUCCCAAAACUCAAAAACCUUAAAAAAAAUGAUUAUUACAUGAAAUCAAUCGACCGUAGAAUAGAUGUAAUAGGAGUAUUUGACAUCGAAUUUAGAUGAAAUCUUCUUUAGGUGAAAUUAAUAAUUUAUACUGUGGAUUUUUUUAAUCUUCACAAAAAGCUCAUUCCUUCUAAAAUGGUAUCUAGUGUGCUUACAGCUUUAAGAGAUGAGAUAGUUGAUGUUGAAUGUUUGUUUUUGUUUUUCUUGUGUAUUUAAAAACUGAUUUCACUGUCAGUUUUUUAUGACAAGUUCAUGAAAAAUUAAUUUCGUAGAUGGCUGAAAAAUAAAUGCACAGACAAUUUCACUGUGUAGAAAUGUAACAAUAAUAAUUAGUGUCACUGAGAUCCUCUUGUUUUCCUAAACCAUUUUUUUUAUUUAAUUUUUUCGUUAUACUGUGUUUACAAUUGUCAGUUUUUGAAUUGUAUUGAAUUUUGUUGUAAUUUUAUUGACUAUCAACUUAACAUUAGUUAAUUUUUAGAGCAUUGCUGGUAGAAAACAGUAAUAUUUUUUAUGAAGAGAAUCAUAGUAGCAUCAAACCAUCUUUGUGCAGGUUUGGCAAUGGGGCAUAUCAAAUUGGAGGUACUCUUCUGUACCGUGUUAAUUAUUCAUUCAAGUCACAAAUGUGAAAGGUUUUAUUGUCUACUGCUGAGCUAUUCAUAAGUGUUAUGAUAUUAGCAUAAUAAAUCAACCUUUUACUUAAGAUUUUUUUGUUUAUUUGCAUAAUAAAAGACUUUUUUAAGGUAAAGUCCCCUCGAAGCUUGAUAUUUGUGAAACCGCAAACUUUUUUUUACAAAUCGGCCUUCUGUCCACACAAAACUAGUGAAUCUGGUCCUUGAAACUGCAUUGUUUUGAAACCUCUCCCCAGAGCAGUUUAGGAGCCCAUCCACAUGAAUCCAGGUUAAAAAAUGGGGGUUUCAAAAAUGUCUGGAUUUGUGUGGACAUGGCCUAAGAUUGUGUAGGCAUAAUCAUUGAAAAUAUUGAAUCUUCUCCAGUUGUCCUUACAGGUUGUUCUCUUUUUUGUUUGUUUUUCUUUUUUAAACAUAUUUUCACAAAAUGAAAGUUGUUAUUUUUUUUUGUGAAGUUUGAUGUUAAAGUAGGAAAAAUAUUUGUUGUAGAAUCAAGUCAAAAAAGAUAAUACUGACAAGAGCUGAUUAAUAUUAGCCCCUGUCCACCCUAAUUAUAGUUUUAAAAGUAUGCGCUUGUAUUGUCAUAGAAAACACAUCGCAUCUACACUACUGUUUUGAUGUGUUUUCUACUGUCCACACUAAAAUGUUUGAAAACAAUAAAAUGCUCUGAAAUGUAUUAGUGUGGAUGGAAUACCUAAACUCAUCGAAAUGUAUGCAUUUUCAAAAAUGCAUUAGCGUGGAUGGGGCCUUUGUUUGCAGUUUUUUUCUGCUGGCUGUGUUCUGAAAUUCAUAUAUUUUAAGGCACUGAUUUUGUUACCCCCAUAUUCUACAUCCCUGACACAUAUGGCUGUCCUUUUCAGGUUAUGAUCACCAAAACGGACCAGCAAAAGUAGAAUAUGAAACAGAAAAUGGUAUACAUUCCACCCAAGAUGAUUUUCUUGAUGUUCCCAUGAGGAAGCCAAGAUCAAAAUCAGUAUGUUAAUUCUAAUUUGUCUAAAUAAAAAAAUGUUAUUGUUAGAUAUCAUAACUCUAUACUUGCAAAUUUAGUUUUGUGGUGAAUUAAUUUAUUUGUUUGACAUUACUGACCUUCCUAAAAAUAAAAUAAUACUUUCUCUUUACAAGAAAAAUAUAUUAUUACCCCCAGUGUCUCUUGUUUUCCUCAGAGGUAGUGAAAUGUCAGUAGGAGUGAGUCAUAAGAAAUAAAUGUCAACUUAAAUAAAUUACAUUUUGAGCAGUACUACACAGGGUUCUCAUUUAGUGCCAACUUGUAACCGGCUGAGAAGACUUAACUUCAAAUUUUGAGCACUGCCUACAUUUGGGCAAAGAGGGUAAGGCAAGAGACUGACAGCCUAAACCUUCACUACUAAGCUGCUCACUAUUACAUCCUAUCAGUCGACUUUGAAACUUAAUAAGAACCCUGCCACUUUUUCUGGUUUAUUUUAGAGACAUUUAUAGUAAUCUCCAGCUGACACACUUGCAUAUUUUGCUCAGGAAAUACUGUACUAACUGAAGUGUAUUAAGUUGACAGUCUUGACUUUUAAACUCGAUUCUUACACCUUGAAGCACCAACUUGAACUACUCUAGUUUCAAGUCACAAGAAUCAAGUUUUUAGUUCAAGAAAUUAUUUACUUGUAGUCUCAGGAGUUACUAGGGGAAUAAAAAUUAAGAGAAAGAUCUAUGACUGUUAUAAAAACCACAUGUACAUAAGGUUUGUGCAUGUCCAACUGAAGUUUCCAUAGCAAAUUCGUGAAACUGGGGUACAGUGUGCGAGGGAGUCCAGAUCUAGAUAUAAUGUGAAAAAAUAACUAUACAACUGUAUUACAAUAUAUUUUUUUUAUUGUAGACUAGCAGUUCCAGUAAAAGACUUUCAUUACCAGUUCUUCACUAUGGCAUGUCACUAAAUGAUAUUUCCAUGAAGAAGAGCCCUGCUCAUCGGACAAGAAGCUCAACAGAGUUUGGUUCAUCUAAAAGUCCCCCAUACAGCAGUGAACAGCAUCUAAGUAGGCGUAGCAGGAGAAUGUCACUUGUAAGUGCCUUGUGGUACACUGUAGUAAUUUGCUUUCAUUUGUACUCACCGUCCUUUAAGAAAAGUAAAAGUUGGAAUUUUUUAAGUUACAUGUAUAUUCACACCCUAUAAUUACAUUGGCUAUUCUUCACCCAUCAUGAUUUCAUCACAAUUUUGUUUGAUGUUGCAUCCUUUAAAAACUGCAUUCUGACUUUAAUUUUUCAAUCGACAGUCUGAACUUGGAUAUGGGAAAAUGGAGACAUAUGUCAAGCUGGAUAAACUGGGCGAGGUAAGGAAAUAGUCCAGAGGAUUGUGUAUAUCUCUUUGCUACUAACUUAUGCAGGGUUGUCAGAAAGUUUUGAAGUAGAUCGGUGAGUUGUCAAAGUAAGCAGCCAGUCCAGGGAUAUUUUUUUAAAAAAUGCCAUCCAUAAAGAAAUGCCAAGCAGAGAAGCCGGUUGAUACUAACCAAGUAGGCGGCGAUUUUCGCCAGCAGCCAGCUACUUUUGACAACCCUAUUAUGAUUUUAUAGUUAACAGACAUUUUUAAAAUAAUUUCAUAUUGGAUUUAUUUCUGCUAGGGGACAUAUGCCACAGUAUUCAAGGGGAAAAGCAAGUAAGUACAAAUGUCCUGCUACCCUGCCAGCAGAGGUUACAAUUUCGCUGUGUGAGCUGGCGUGAAAAAAGUAGCCUCUGCUGACAACCGUUCAAUUUUCUAUCGCGCAUGCGCGAAAUUCAUCACACGAUUUUUAGCCAGAAUUAAUUGUCAGGUCUAUUGUCAAAUGGCAUGUUUUUGCGGGAGGACUCUGGCAGGCGUCUAAACCAGUCAAGAACAGGAAAAAACCCUUUUUUGAGGAUUUUUUCGUCCAGAUUUCUGGAUGGAUUUGAACGGUUGUCGGCAGAAGCUACUUUUCGCCCACCUGCUCACAUAGCAAAAAUGUAGCCUCUGCUCGCAGGGUAAUGCCCUAAAUUUCCUUUGUACCCUGAGGAAAGAAGAAAUGGAGAAGCUUAAUCAAAAUUAACCUGAAAUCAAUUUGACUUGUAACAGAAACAUCAGGGUAAUGUGUACUCAAAAUUAAUUUCUUUUUAUUUUAGACUUACAGAUAAUUUGGUUGCAUUAAAAGAAAUUAGACUAGAACACGAGGAAGGAGCUCCUUGUACAGCGAUACGAGAGGGUAAUAUGUUCUUUUCAUGUUUAUAUUGUCUCAAAAAUAAUAGCAAUCUCUCUCCCCCUCUCUUUUACUUCUAUGUGUUUAUGGUUAUUUGUUAUUAUACCUUACGAAUAUUGUUUUUUCUUUUCUGGCAGUUUCUCUGUUAAAAGAUUUGAAGCAUGCAAAUAUUGUUACUCUUCACGACAUUGUUCACACACCAAAGUCUCUCACACUGGUAUUUGAAUAUCUGGUAAGUGUCAUUGCAUGUUUAUCACUGGUUGUUAUGUUGCUACAUGUAUAGAUGUAAUAUUAUUAAAUGUUAUUCAUCUUGAUACUGUUUACUGGGGAUUCCUUCCUGCUGUUUGUUGAUUUUGAUGUUUAGUGCUGUUUGUUUGUUUGUUUUCUCAGGAAAAAGACCUCAAGCAAUAUAUGGAUGACUGUGGCGGAAUUAUGAGCAUGAACAAUGUCCGAGUGAGAGCAAACUAAAUUUAUGUCUCUAUUAUUUUUUUUCUGUACAUGUAAGGGCAUCACUGAUUUUAGCAAGGUAACUUAUUUAUUUCACUUUCAUUUCUUGCAGUUAUUUCUGUUCCAGUUACUAAGAGGACUGCAUUAUUGUCAUAGCAGAAAAGUUCUCCACAGGUAAGCCUAAUUAAUGUUAGGCUGUUAUUAUUAAAUGUGUAUAACUUCAUGUACAGUGUAUGUCAUCCUCUGGCCCUUCAUUAGUAAAGCUUUCCUUAAAUGUACUUUAUGAUGUAAAAUGGGUUUACCAGCCAGCAUGGGCGUCAAGCUUAUCUUUGGCCUACGAUUGAGGGUAAAGCCAAACUUUCCAACCAAUUUGGGAGCUGGCCUAUUACCUUGCCCUAGCGAACCCUGUUUAAUAUUAUUAUUAAAAAAUCUUUGAAAGAAGAGAAGGAACAAUUCUGCCAGUUUUCCUCCUUUGCAAGUACUGGCUGAAUUCUCAUGAGCAGGAAGAGUCGCACUUUGGUGUUGUGUCAGUCCAUUUAUGAUCUUGUCUAACCCAUACAAAUGAAGGCACUUGUCAGAUAGACCAUAUAGGAUUCUACUAGGUUUAUCCUACCAGUUCUUUCCCCACCCCCCCCCCCCCCCCCUUCUGUGGAGGCUGUAGAUAAUUGCCAGUCUUGGUGAAUAUGCUUUGCUAUUGUGCUGUCAUCAUCAAUCCAGAUAAAAUUGAACUUUUAAUUUGCAGAGAUCUUAAACCACAGAAUCUGCUCAUUAAUGAUAAAGGAGAAUUAAAGUUGGCUGACUUUGGUGAGUACAAGACUUCUAAGUUCUGUCUUCUAUAAUUGCCUUGUAAAAUUCUUGAAUUAAAUAUGUUUUACAUCUUAUAUGAGUGAUGUGAGGCCAUCAUUGUCAUUAUUAUUGUCAUGUUUAUCAUCAUCAUCGUCAUCGCUACAACCUUAGGUCAAAACGCUAGAACAAGAUCAGAGUCUUUGUUAAUAUCCCAACUGUCUAAAUGCAUGACACAUGUCAUAGAAUGGCACUAAUUCAUGCUCUCUAGUGUUUGUUUUGUUUCAUUGAGAUGUGUGUGGCCAAGUUGUUUGCACCUGGAACUCCGGAUCUGGAGGUUCAGGGUUCAAGCCUCGCCCAUCAUGUUGUUUCCUUAGACGAGGAACUUUACGCCUCUUUGUUUCUCUUCACCCAGGUGUACAAAUGGGUACUGGUGAUUUACUGUUGGGGGGUAACCCUGUGAUGGAGUAGCACCCCAUACAGGGGGAAGUAGCAAUACUCUUAGGCAUGCUACAUGCUAAGGAAAUUGGGACAAGCUCCCACCGUUUCGGCCUUUAGCUCGUGUGCAUCUUUACUCUUUACCUUCUUACUUUUUUGUUUCCAGGCCUUGCAAGAGCAAAAUCUGUACCAACAAAGACAUAUUCUAAUGAGGUGGUGACAUUAUGGUAUGUGGUGAUAAACAAUAUCAUGUAAUCUAACUUGUCUUGAGGUUCUUAGACGUAUAGUACUCAAUAGCUUUCUUAAUUUGCCUUGGUUAGAGGAAGAUCAUAGAUAUCAAAUUCUUGCGCCCAUAUAGUAAAAAGUUACUUGUGUUUAAAUAUCAUAUGGAACUGCAUUUUUGUGAACCAGCCAUAUGUACAUUGCUCCAAUGAAUUCUUCAAGUCACACGGUCUUGUUCAUAUUCAGAUGUUAAUUUGCGCCUAAUAAGAAAUAAAUUAUUAAUUAUUAUUAUUAUUGAAUUAUUAUUAAUUAUUUAUUGUUUUUCUGCAGGUAUAGACCUCCUGAUGUACUCUUGGGAUCAACAGAAUAUUCGACGCAAAUUGACAUGUGGUAAGAAAGCUUAACCCUUUAAGCCAUAUUAUACAGGUACAAAUUAUCCAAGGUGAUCUCUAUACAUUUCCUUAAAGAAGUCGUUGGGAGAAUUUAAAAAAAAGAUCAAAGCAUUUUCCUACUAGUGAUCAUUUUUUAUGAUUCUUAACGAAAAAUCCUAAUGAUACGGAUUUUUUAUCUGAUCUUGGAUUUUAGUAAAGAAACGCACCUUAGAGAGACAUUACUGGGACAGCACGAGGUGCCUUGACUUACUGGGAGGCAUUGACCAUUCACUCUAUAGAGCAGAAGAAACCAGCUUCAUCGUGUUAUUGGAGGUGUUUGUUCAAUUAACAAUAAAGUUGACUGCACCUUUGUCUUGCAACUUGCUAGGCUUGUUUACUGGCCAUUCCCCAACAAAGAACGCUGCUGGCAUCCACAAAAAGUUGAUCUUGAGGCAGCAAAUCAAUGUCUCACGACCUGUAUUGAGAACUUUCAGCCGAUGUAACUGCUUCUGUUUUGGCACUCUUGGUUCCCUCAUUCAAAGUUAAUUCUUCUGAUUACGAGUUUGAAUGUUUUACGUAUUGUUUUUCCUCAGGGGGGUAGGUUGUAUAUUUUUUGAAAUGGCAACAGGCAGGCCAUUUUUCCCUGGCUCAACUGUAGACGAUCAACUUCAUUUAAUAUUCAAGGUGAGGAUAAAAUGAGUCUAAUAAUUGCAGACGAUAAGAGGAGCCCACAAUCCUAAUCUCCAGGUUGUUGUUGCGCAUGCGUUGCAUGUAUUUAGCCAGCAUUCGUUUUGACUCCCACAAUGAAAUGCACAGAACGCAAUUUGAUACCGCGAGUUUGGACCUUCUAUCACUCGUAAUCUGAUCACGCGUGUUUUGCCUAUCUCUCACGAAAAACUUACGCAAAGCACAGCGAUUGAGCAAAAGCGUUCUGACCUUCGAUCGUUGUCGCCCGCACUCUGAAACCUUUGGUUAUUGCUAGUAUAAUUCCUGUGAGCUGUUUAUAGAGAGCAGUUUUCCUGGGUCAUUUUUUGGGUAAAACAAUUUGGCCGAAUUUACAGUUCCUAGAUCUUUUCACUUGAGUACCCUCACUCCCCAUGUACGAGAUGUACACUUUUAAGCUAUUUCAAAGUACACAUGUAAAGAGGCUAACACAAACGGUGUUUUUGGAGGUAUGGAUGAGCAUUCUUGAGAUCUGAAAUAUUGUUGUGAUUUUUAUCUUUUUAGACGCUUGGCACCCCAAAUGAGCAAACAUGGCCAGGAAUAACUAGUAACGAACUCUUUCUUUCAGGUAAAUAUUGUUGCAACCGUGAUCCCAAAUUAGCUUUUGGGGGCGCACGUGAAGUAAUCAGUACUUAUUCAUUCUUGUUUUGAUAUUUUCAGCGAGAUUUCCUUAUUACCCGAAGGAGCAUCUCAUAAAUCUAUCUCCAAGGUAAAUAUGUGAGAAAAUACCUUCAGUUUUUUCCAGUAUUGACCGCAUCUUGUGCCACAAGCCUUGCAUGGAAAAGUGAGAAGGACACGUUAAAAUAGCAAAUAAAGUCACCAACUUCAUCAACUUCCAGUGUCGUUUUGCUUUCGCAGGGUAAAGAAGGGCCUGGAGCACACGUCCAGGCGAGUUUUUGCGCCGUUAAGUCGAGUAUCGAUCACUGUGCGCGGGAAAAUGUCCGUGCAUCCGUAAACUGUUUAGUCUGCUACACAGCCGUUUUUAGUGUCGUCACGCAAUGCUCCUCCCCACUAGUGGGCAGGAGCGUUGCGUGACGACACUAAAAGCGGCUGUGUAGCAGACUAUAAAAUCUUCUUUGGAAGUAAAGCGUGUCGCAUGAAUGUUGUUGCUAGAAAAGCUAACGACGCUUUCAGUUGACAGUCCGAGGGAUUUUGACAAUGAGAUGAUUAUCUUGUAUUUCUCUCUGUUACAGACUUGAUAACUCAGGACUUAACUUACUUGAGAGAUUUGUCGAGGUAAGGUAACUUCAGUGUCCUUUAGGUAAGGUAAAGGCGCAUACAAGCUAUUAGGCCCACGCGGCCGAAUUUUAUUCCGGUUUCUGUAGUUCUGUAGCAUGAAGGACCAAGGAAUAUUGCACCCCGUCAGGGCACCGUGUUGCUGCGUUUUUUGCGCGUGGGGCCGUCGCCAAAACUUUUUAAAUCGUCAUACCCUUUCGUGCGCCUAGCCUGAAAUUCAUCCGAUUGCUUCGAGCCUUUUUCUCCUCUCAACAACUGAGGGAGUAAUAACGACUCGAAGUAAUCGGAUGAAAUUCAGGCUAUCUUGCGCCCAGAUGCGAUCCCUUUGGCCUGAUCUUGGUCGUAUUCAUGAAAAUGUAGUUAUCAGAUUUAUUAAGUUAACAAAACAUGUAAAACAAGUUGUCCUAAGUGUACUUGUUUACAGUGUUUCAAGUUAGUAAUGUUAAUGACAAAUCUCAAAACUGAUAUAUUUUUAUCUUUUUAAAUCUUGUUUUUUCUUCUUGCAGUUCAUUGUAAAGGACAGAAUAUCUGCCCUGGACGCUAUGAAACAUGAUUAUUUCUUCUGCUUGGGCAAACACGUUCAGGAAUUAAAAAAUAGUAAGUUCUGCAAUAUUCCCAAGUUUCAAGAGCUGUCUAGUCCCUGCAAAACUCGACUCCUCUCUCUUCUUAACGUUGACAGGGAUGUAAAUUGCAGUUUUUGGUUUCAUUUAGGUUGUUCAGGGUGGAAAGCAAAUCUUUUUACCCAUAAAACAAUCGUUAAGGGUUGUGCGUAAAGAAGUGUUUAUAAAUAGAAAGUAAAUGCCGUCUUUCUCCAACACAGUAAGCGUCUUACUCUGUUGGAGUAUGGUCUCCUUUAGGCGUUUAAUUCUAAAUUUCCGAGCAACAACCCCGCCUCUUGCAUAUGGAACAAUCCCCCCUCCCGGAACGGCAACUCCCCCACCACCCCCGCCAAUCGUGGUCUUGCGCCCAUAAAGCUGAGUCUGGUUGAUAUCCCAGUCAAAUGAACAAAAGUCAUCGGAAGUCAGAAAAUAAGCGUGGUAGUUGUUUUGUUUAUCAGUUUGUGUUCACAUUUUCUUGUGUUCAUCUUUUACAGUCCAGUCGAUCUUUAGUAUCGACGAUAUACGGUUGACAAGAGAUCCUGGGUAUAGACCUGUUGGACGAUCAAAUUUUGGUGGGUUUUUACCUGAUGAAUACCUUUGAAAGACUACUCAUUAAAGAAUAAGAAGUUAGAAUACCUUUCAUAGCAUACUUACAGUUACAGUGCCUGUGAAACGCACUGCUCGGUAGCUUUCAUUUGAAUGGUUACAUUGUAGUAUUUCAUUCACAGACUCAAAAUUUAGAACCACCUUGUACGGCGUAAUUAGUAGUACCACAGGAAAGUACUGCUCCGUAGCUUUUAUUUGAAUGGUUACACUUUAGGAUUUCAUCCACAGACUCAAAAACUAGAACCCACUUGUACGGCGUGAUAAACAGUACCACAGCAAAGUACUGCUCUGUAGAGUACAUUCAUUCGAGUGGUCACACUUAGAGAUUGUAUCCACAGACCUUUAAGUUAGAACCUCGUUUUAUUGUUUGUUAUCGUUCAAUCGCGAAUCUACUUUUCCGUUCCGUCUGUAGGAGGCCCGGCUCGACGGAGACAGAGUAUGCUGUUCUAGUUACCAUUCUCUCACGACAAGGAAUACCGCGCUUAUUCGUACGAAAUCUGGUACUGUUCAUCUGGGGCUGGUUUCCCUGUUCAACGGAUAUGCGCCAAUCAGCUGUGGAAUGAUCGAUUUUUACACGAAAAGAAACUGUUCUUACUGAUCCAAUGCUUUAUCUUUGUUAAUAAUAUAAUAUUUUAGCCUUAUCCUAGGCAUUCGUUUCGCACAUGAGCAGCCUUUUUCCUUUUUAAUCAAUUGUUCGUUGAACGUAAACACGUUUGAGAUACGAAGGACUCUUCUUUAAAGGGUGUCUCUUGAUUAGCCUGGGAUCAAGGGGGGCGGGGGGAGGGUCCACACGGUUGAGGUGUAAGGUUUUCAUCGACUACCAGUUUCUUUUUGCUUUCGUAGGGUCAGGAAGGGAGCAAACGUCCACGCGAUUUUUGGAGCGGUUAGGUCGAGUGUCGAUUACUGUGCGGGGAAAAAGGGAUAGUUCGUAUUUUUACUUUUUUACUUAAAAAAAAACCAAAAAAUGGUACUGCAAAGAACACAUCUAUGUUUGAGAAAUCUGGAUAUACUUCUUACCUAAUGCGUCUAGAAAGUUCAACCGGAGGCUUUUAUCUUUUUGUCCCAGAAACCAGUUAUUUUGCUUUGCCAGCUUAUGCAGCAAAAAUUCUUGAUAAACUAAAUUCACAUGUCGAUGAUCUCAAAUUGUAUAGGGUCUGUGCCUUUUGAUCAGUUUAAGUUUGUGGGAAACUGCCUACCCACCCCUCCCCUAACUCAACGUUAACACCUACUUCUCACUUAGGGCAAAAUGUUGGCAAAUUGGGUAGUUUCCCCAGAAACCUAAACUCUUCCUUUGAUUCUUAAAUGAAGAAUUGGUAAAUAUGCAAUUGUACAAAGUUUUGUUUUUCAAAUUCUUUUUAAAUAACAAAUUGGUUAUUAUAUCAGUGACAGGCAGAGUAGUAGUUAGGUAAACACGUUUACAUAGAGAUUUGUAGUUUAAUAUUCGUUUUUAGUCUGUAUCAUCUGUAGAUCGAAUCAGUUACUAAUAAUUUGAUAUAUUUUAAUUUUAACACGGACGCUGAUAUCACAAGCCUAUAAAUACUGUACCUCAAGUCAAUAAAUACAGUAUCAACAGCUACAAACCCUUUGCUUGUCAUCCUUCUUUCUAGCCAGCGAAAAAAUCCGUUUCUCCACGCUCUUCGCCGCUGGGGACGUUUUGCGGAAUAUAGUCUUUUCAAGAAGAAGCAUUUUAGUUUUCUGUAGUUUUGCUGGAGCUCGUUGGCAGACGAACACAACACUUUACCAAAAUCGACCAUAACACUCGUCAAAUGGGACAAAUUUAUAUUUGGAACCCCAUGUCUACCGGAUUUAUUAUCUGAACAUUGAUUUGCGUCAUCAGUAUCGAAUUUCUGUCGCUGAGUCGCAGACGUUCCUCCGCGCGAAACGUCCCCAGCGGCGAAGAGCGAGGAGAAACGGAUGUUUUCGCAGGCUACCUUCUUUCCAAUUAUAUUAUAAUGUAACCCGAAUUAUCAUUUUAGGGGCUGUUUUAUGGAGGGAGGAAGAUCCUAGCACUAGGAAGACCCUAGGAGGUGGAGCUCCCUAGGGUAUUCAGUUUACAUGCAAGGGAUUGUACUUGUGCCCAGGGCUAGGAUCCUGCUAGCUGAGGGAUAGAAAGAUCCCAGCACUAGGAUGAACCUGUAGCACCAUGUAAACUGCUUUCGUUUGGAAGAUCACACUACUAGGGAUAAACCAGACAAACAUUGCGGCGAGUCGUUCAGUGGGUAAUCACGGCAAGAAAAGCCGACAACUCGUUUUGCGCCAACAGGGGUAAAGAACUGCCAGCUUUUGCUAAAAGGUAGUUAUUAACGCUAGUAAAGAAAGCAGAAGGGAACGGCUCUACCUAUUAAUCGCGCGGAAUAAAAACUCUGUAUGUAAACCCAACGAAAAGUUGUCCCGCCUUCUUGGAUCUUCGUGGUGCCAGGAUCUUCCUCCCUCCACGAAAGAGCCCCCUUAGGAAGAGAAACUAGGAGAAAGCGCGAAACGCGAAUGCAGUGUGGUUCCUACCUCCAAGGUUUUUAAAGAUGCGGCUCUAUGGCAGCAGUCAGCCUGCGUCGGUUUUUUUGAUCAUGACGAAUGUACGUGCCUGUGAUCUCAAUCCGAUGUAGCUCGACGUGCAGUGAGAGAGCAUAUAGUGUUUUCACAUGACGGGUUACGGUGGCCAUAUUGGUGUUGCAAAACAAUGAAAUAGCGGCCUGGUUGCUGUUACAAGAACAUCCGCUGGGAGUUGAACUCUUUUCUUAAGUAAAAGCUUUCUUUGGUCCCAAUAAAUUUGCAUAGAUGCUGGCCAUGAUUAUUAAUUUGUUGUAUUCGUAUUCAUUCGAGCACGUCUCUAAUUGUACCUCAUGUAUAUUAACAAGGUUUUAUGCAUUGUUCUCAGUUCCUAUAAUAAUCAACAUUCACAGAGGCAGUAUCAACCAAAACAAAGUUGCUCCAAAGUUUUGAGUCGCAUCGCUGAUUUUGUACGUAUCAAACCGUAAAAAGUUUAAGUACCAAAAAGGUAAGAUACUGAGUUUCAUUUGCUUUAUGCCGGUAGUUGUUUGAACCUGCUCUGUGAUACAUUAGUGAUACAUCGUUGCUGUUUGAUACUGAACAGCAUAACCAUCGAGACAAGAACGUAACACGAAGUGAGUUCUAUUGUAUGUCCGAAGUGACUAAUGUGGGGAAACAUUUUGCCUGUCUUCAAAAAAAACUCAUUGUUAAUUAACACACCGAAAGUGUAAAAUUGGAUUGGAUUUGAACAACUGAAAGCAACUAGCGAAUGGGAAAAUUUACGGAAAUGUCUCCUGGUGUACCUAACUUUGAAUUUAACUUCCAGACAGACAGUAGCUUUUUUGAAUAAUUAGCGCCAAGUUCUCGAAAAAACUCCUCUUCAUGCUUGAGAGCUGAAAAGUUUUACUAAAACACUGUGAUUCGGAUAAACUAGCAAAGACGAAAGAACACAGAGAACGAGCCAUCAAUUUAACACUUCACAUGAGCUCCGUAUAGAGUGCAUGCAUUUACGCUCGACUGCCCAUAGAUCUCUCCUUAAUGAGCUACAAUAUGCUCGGGUUGAAAGAGAUAAUUUUUGGACAGAGAAACAGGGCCAGGUUAAUUACUUCACUCAAUUUGCGCCUUAUUCUUCUUGCAUACUCCCAACAGGGUGAAAGGUCUCUUGGAGGUACCCAUUUCAAGAACUGAGUAUAAACGCACGAAUAAAGUAAUGCCUUGCGCGCCAAAAAGAUACUUCUAAGAAUUGUGAUUAUAGGAGUCGUAUUUUCCGUGGUUUUCAAAGUCGUGAGCUACUGUAAAGCCUUCUGUAAUGCGAGCCUUCUUUUUCAGGGAAGCACGGGAAUUCGCUCAUAGCCGCAUUGCAUUGCGAACGCGAGUCAUAGGAGGCAGGCCGGAGGCGGGGUGGGGGAGUUGCGUGACUAAGAGAGACUGGCUGGGUCACACUUGCGCGUGACCAUUCCAAAUGAAGGGCCUGCUUAAAGUCUGCUCCUAAUAUUUAAGGCCCUAGAAGGAAAAUAUACCAAUUGUUUUGUUACUUGUUGACAUUCAGGCUGGUGAGGAUUAAAUAUGAUUUUUGGAGAGGCUUUGAUCAUCGCCUUUCUGGCCUCAACCCUGGGUUUAUUGGGAGUGUCACUUCACAGUAUGUUCACAUCACACCACAAAAACACCUUGGAGCUUCGAGAACUGGAAGACAAAAUGAUGGAUAAAUAUGGCUGGGCCCCUUCAGUGCCUUACAACGCUUACGCUUGAGUCAGCAACUUCUUUUUAGCCUGUUAGCAGAUGAACCUUAAAUUGACUUCAUUACCAGUCCAUGUAGUGUUCUCUGGGAGUGCCGAUGAGUGUACGUUUACUGAUUUAUAUAUACACUGGAUGCUAUCAAGUAACUGAUUGAUUCCAACUGCACAGCGAAGUUAUGAACAUUAGACAACGAUUUAACGUAUCGUAUCGUAUCGUAACGUAUCGUAACUUAUCGAUUAUGGCAAAUCAUUCUUUAUUUAUCAAAACGAAUUUCUAGACUUGUUUUAUGGUAUGACAACCUGCAUUUACCAUGUGUUACGAAACCCUUAGUAUUCUUUUUUCACGAAUUUCAAUCGUAAUCAAAACGAUUUUAAACUGUAGCUACAGAUGAUUGACUCGGUGUAAUUAAGUAGAAUUUUAAUGAUCCUAACUUUUUAUACAGAGAAUAAACUUAUUGUUUCUAGAUGACAAUAACGCCCUUUCUCAGUUUCAGCCCUAUCACGUUCAAACAAAUCCGCUCGGCAAGUGCCAAAAAAAACAAAACAGAUUCAAAACCGCCACGCACUGAGAUUUUUGGGUUAAAUUUCUUUGAGGUAAAACUAUAGUCAAUUUAAUGUCGUACCAUUCUAAGGAAUUAGAGGAAGUUUUCACUCUAGAGACGCAUAACCCAUCAUCUAUUGCGAAUCGUUUACCUUGGAAACUACCCGCCUCCUUGGGGAAGGGGGACUAAGAUCGACAUUCGGAUCGCAGAUUGCUCGUGACGUCUUACAGGUAUUAGAGGCGCUGACAUGGAAACGAGGCUAAAGGCUCCUUCUGCAUUGUAUUCACCAUUAAUCUCGUUCGCAUGCAUGUUUGAAGAAUGUUUGAAAGCGGGCUUAGCUGUGUCACACCUGACGUGUUAACUUACCCCUGCUCUCAGGAACUUCCGAACGCACGUGUCAUACUGCAAGCCAUUAGACUGGCUCUUGACUCUCUCGUAAUAACCAGAGCUUGGUCUUUUUCAACAGAGGGUCGACAGUGUCUUGAUUAACUUAACGAGUGGAAACAAUUAUCUUCCAACCUUUGUAAACUUCAAUCCUAUCCCUUUUUUACCACCAAUUUUAACAUUGUUUUCUCUCGCUUUAAUUUCUCUUAAUUUAAAUAAUGACAGAUCGUCCGCAAGUUGUGCUUCAUUUAAUGAAUAUGUAGUAAGUCCCCCCCACACUAUUAUUUUAAGAAAAAUGAACACAUAAGACAUUUGAUGUUGAAGCAACACCAGUGCAUGUAAAAAACAAAACAAAAUAAUUGCAUAAUUGUCAUGUCAUUCUUUCCGUAACGACACCUUUUCCGUGAUAAAUUUCUAAUAUUUUACUUUAAUACUAAGACCGGAUUAGCUUUUAUUUUUCUUCCUUUGUUUUCAGUUCCUUAUAAAAAGACCCGUGGUUAUAUAUUCGGUAAAUAUUAAAUAAGCAACAAACAACUUUAGGAAAGCAAAAAUAAAAUUUAGAAGGAUAUGACGAAUUUUACAAUUAUUAAAUUAAGUACGGUCAAAUAAACCUUAUUUUCUGCAGCACUAAGAUGCGUUUUUCAGGCAGGCUAUUAAAUAAAUAUAUAUUGCAAAAUGCAAUUACAUGUAGUGAGUUUUCAGUAUCAAAUUUAUGUCCUGUUAUGCAGACAAAUUGAAAAUGGCUUAGAUUGAGAUAUGUCUAUGGGUGGAUAUUUCCUGCCGAUAAAAAAUGACAUUUUUGGUAAAUUACAUGCAAUCUUUUUCACACCACAAGCGCUAGUGAAAUCUUGAUAAUAGAAAAGAUCUUGAAAAAAUAAACACUUGAUUACGGUGGCGUAAAAAAUUGCCAAAACUUAAUAAAAAUUCUGACAGGUCUAUUUGCCUUCAUACUGGAUGACAGUCCUUUGUUUUUGCAGUCUAUUAAAGUUGCCUGUAUUCGUAAAUAUAGGCGAAAUCCAACAACGAUUAUUAAACUCUGCUGAAACGUUAAAAGCUGUUAUCGUGCAUUGGCAAAAUCAGUUCCUGAUUGAGGACUCCAGCGGGUCACUAUAAUGGAAUGGCUCUAUUUUGCAGGUAAUAAGUGGAACAAGGUAAUAACGGUAAAAAAAAGUAUCAGUUGUCGCUUUUCAAUCAAAGAACAAACAAUUGCUAUAUUUCUCGGCCACUUUUCGGUAAAAGAAAUUUAGAAAAUCUAUGUCGCGUAAAAAUUGCCAUACGAAAAUCGCGAGCUAUAACUGAGAACAACUGAGGUAACCUUGAACUCGAGUCGGUUCUUUAUUUAAGGCGCCUUUUAUUUUCUAACGAUAAAUCAACAUCAUAAAUGGUUCGCAACUUGUUAAAAUUGUAUGGCUAAAGAUGGAUGUAAAUAUCAAUUUUGAUAUGAGCAAAGCAAGUCAUCGAAGAAGAAUUGGCGUUCAACCUUCGCUUUCUAAACAUUUACUGAAGUCAAUAACUGUUACCUUGUUCCAGUGUCUCCAUCACAAGGCUUUUCAGUGCAAUCCUAAACCAUGGCCUGCAUCCACGGCUGUCCACGGCUUUAUCGAGUGCCGGGAAAAAGUUAUUCACGGCUGAAAGCACAGUACUGAGCAAGCUUUAUAAUUUAUACGCGCGAAAACUACUUAGCAGUUUUGCCCCUAACGUUUCUUUUGCUAAGUGUACAAGGUAAAAGUGAAAUUCCCGUUAAAUUUAAAAUCCGUUGCAAUUUUAUAUAUUUCGCACCGGAUGCAUCGAUUAUCUCAUAAACAAAAUGAUGCGCAAGUAAUUUACGGGUGAUUCUGUAUUGGCUUACAUCAAAGAUUUUUCUGUACCAGCCUUUGUACUCCCAAAAAUUCGAGACUGAUUUUCAGCCUGGGUACUCUAUAACUUCUCUGUGCCGUGAUGUCAUCUUAAACUAGUUACAAGCUAAGCUACUUUUUUGAGUUUAAUGAGAGGAAAUAUUGCUUCGUCCGGUCUUAUUUCCAGACCUCGAGUACAGAAAUAGUAAUCUUUCAUUAUGACAAAUGUCAUAGCCGUUUUGUCAUUUUGAGUGCAACAGAACAAAAGGGUAAGUUUUUCCAACAGAAGAUUGGAAAAGCAGCUGCGAAAACACUUUUACGAUUAGCCUGACUGAAACUCAAAUUAUUGCUACAAGGCAUUCAGCGUGCAUGUCAGCAUAUGUCAGGGACCUGAUUAAUUCAUUUUGAAAAACAAAAUGAUGAUAAUAAUAAUAAUAAUAAUAAUAAUAAUAGUAGUAGUAACAAUAAUGAUAAUAACAAUGAAUAUCAGGGUGGAACGUUGAGUGGCGAAAUAAUAACAGGCAACGCGCUUGAUCUGCACUGUAUCCGCUACGACUUAGUAUCAAACUACAGAAGAACCUCGAUAACUUGAACUCGGAUAACUCGAAUUCCCUCCCUGCCAACUCGAACUAUAAAUUUCUUUUCCUUAAUCAAAAUUUCACUCGAAUUCUCCACUAAUUUUUCGUUUCUCUUCAGAGUUCUAGUUACCGGGGUAAUAAUGUAUCUCGAAGUGUGGAAUAAGCUACGAGUUAAAUCACUGGAGAGAUCAUUCAGUAUGGAAAUAUGGUUCAUAUAUUUAUAGGCAGCUGAUCUUUUUUUUUUUCAGUUAUAGGCUGGAAUCUAUGGUUGAUGUUAUCACUCACAGGUAUAAUUACGUUGUCAAAAAUACAUCUGUAAUCUAAGCAUGAGAUAACUGCUCGUAUGAACUGGACACAGAUAAGGAAUAACCCACGUUCGAUAAAUUAGAAAAUUACAAAAUUCUAACCCGACUCCCAGGCUUUCUAGUCAUUUUUCUACAUUUGGUUUGGUUUUCUUUGUGCUCAAGUCUCUUCUGGGAAUUGCGAGACACUGGAGUCUAAGAAAAAUUUGCAAUUUUGACCCUAAAGCCUCGGAGUCACGUUAGAAUUUUAAUAUAUGAACGUCAGCUAUUGCCAAUUUAGAGACUGCGCGUGAAACUGGUUCGGGAUUGCGUCGAAUUGCAGUAUAGGUUUGUUUUGAAGACGCGAUACGGUUCUCUCACUGGCUUUCACAAACUUACACUGGAACCUGGGUCGAUAUUCAUCCCCUAAAACGAUCUAACAAGUGCAACUCGACGCUACACCGAUCCAGUCCUACUCCCAUGGCUUGAUAGGAACGAAAAAUGAUGGACAAUGACAGUCUUUCAACCAGAAGUGCUGAUCCGAUCCUCCAUCAGGAUCCGGUUCUUGUAUUUUGUAACGUCGGUCCUUGUUUCCGAAACAAAGGUAAUAGAAAGGCAUUUAACGUGCUUAAGAAGCCUUAAACGCAGUGAACUCACAAAUAAACAAAAGAAAUUCUAAAGAUAAUCUUAAUGCAUAGUUUGCUUUGAAGAGAAAAUAUCACAACAAUUUUUGUAUGAAUAAUUAAUUAGCAGAGAAAGGUUCUGUGGCUCAGGGACUUCAAUUGCGAACUUGGGCUUCCUGUGGUUCCCCUAGUUUACAACUAAUGGUAUCCACUGUAAAAUUCAACGUUUUUAGACGCGUCUUGUUCAGAUAUAGGCUGGUUUUGCUGGCUUUAUAAGAAAACCAAUAGAUGUGUGGAGAGUUCAAACUAUGCUGUGAACAAGUGCCGUAAGACCUGCGAGUUUUGCCCAUCACCUACUACUGGUAAGGAAGCUGUUAACUUGCGUAUCUAGUAACAAUUUUUUAGGUUUUGAGUGGGGCAGGGUCGUUGGGGAGGCUAUCGCUUCCUUAGUUGCCUUUUACGAAGUUGCAUAGGAAACUGAUAAAAAAUGAGCCCCCCCACUCCCUCCCCCUCCAAAAUUCAGCACAACACUGACCCAGUAUCCCUCCCUGGCCAAUCGCCUGUUCAAAGAAGUAAACAACAGUACACAAUAUAUAGCCUGUUCCCGCAUUGCAGUGAUCAUCAAAUCGAGGCUUGUGAUACAGUGUUCGUACAGAUUUUUGGAUCCAAAAUUCAAGACUUUUUCCGGACUCUUUUCCAAAGCAACAAUUUCUUUUUCCAGACUCGAGGUUAUCAAAUAGGUGAUCAAUAGAGACCUUGAAAAACGCAGGAACAGCUUUUUUAAUGAUGCGCUGCAAACGUGCGGGCGAGAUUGAAUAAGAUUAGACCACACCGAAAACAAUUUCACUUAUAACGUAGUUGCUGUAGCUUUGAAAACAACAACAACAAGACUUUUUACCAUUUUUGCAGGCGUUAUCUCCAUUUUCCAGAUUUUUUCCAGGUCUGGGGAAUUGCUGGGCAAAUUGCUUAGAACGUUAUACUGUUCGCCCCAUGAAGUAAGGUAAUCCGGACUCUAGAAUCCGGGAGAUAUUUACUCGUGGAAUUCGGAAUCCUGGGCUGUGGAUUCCGGAAUUCGGUUCACGAAAUCCGGCAUCCCGCUAACGAUUGGAAUCCAGAAUUCAAAUUCCAGUGACAACAAAUCCGGCAUCCAGUGCCUGGAAUCCGGAAUCCACAGCGUGGAGUCCAGAAUCCAAGACUGGUUUGGAUAACGAUUAUACAAUGGGCGAUGCUAUGUUGUUUUUAGAAAGUCCAGUCACAGAAGGGUCAUCGUCACCUGUGGCUACCCUCGCAACAACGCCACCUAAGCCUGAAUGUUUCCAUCAGAGUUUAACCCUGCCAAUAAGCCAGGAACUGUUUAUGGACAAAAAGCUACAAGGUCACGUGAUCUGGCAACAGUCAGUUUUUUCGGAGCUUCAGUGCGAGGAUCUUUGCAUUCGAGUUCCCGGAUGUUUGGCUUACAAUUACCACUACUCCGGUGAAAUGGCACAAAAAGCUUGUGAGUUAAUGAACGAAGUUAGAGUUGUAAACAACACCCUUGGGUACAGCUUCAGGUUGUUUGAGCGAGAACGAGUUUUAAAGGUGAGCAAACGUUUACUGCACUAA